AUGGAUAUGGAGGAGAUGUGUUUGGUAAUGUGUGGAGGAUGGUAUUGUGGUAAUGAUGGGAAGUGGGAGUUUUUGGUGGACAAGAAACGCAUGGCUAGGAUGUUUGGAGCUUGCAACAGGAUUAAAACACCGCCGGUUGUGUUGACUAACGAUGGAGCUUUGAGGUAUUUUUUCACGCAUCUGAAGGUUAGGGGGUCAAUGAAUCUGUUUGCAACGUUGGAGCGUGUAGGAGGAGAUUUGUUCCAAGGCUCUGGAAGUGUGGGCGUUGCAUUUGAGACACCUAUGAUGGCUAAAGAGAAGAAGAAUGUUGGAGGUGGUUAUAGUGGGAAUGGGGAAUACGUGUCUAGUGUGGGGUCUAAAACCAACUUCAUCAAUUUGGAAGAUGUUGAAUUGGUGGAGGAGGUUGAGAGGUUUGAAGCGAGAGCGAAGUCGGCUAGUAAGUCCACCGGUGCAGCUGAUUUGAGUGGUUGCAGUGAAGGUUUGGAAAGUGAUUUGAGUGGUUACAGUGGGCCGGAAGAGGUGGAUGAUAGGGACGUUAGGCCUAAAGGAUAUGAUUAUCAUUUCUGGGAGCCACUGAUUGCUGGUGAUCUGGGUGGAACAGAUGCGCUAGAGACUGUAUUCAAUGGCAAAGAUGAAGCUGGUUCUGUCAAAAUGGAAGAUGGAAGACGUGGUAACAGUUCUAAUACCGGUGGAUCGUCUCGUGGUUUGCAGGGGGAUGGGGCUUCUUGUGGAUGGGAUGGAGAGGAUGUUAUGGGUGGUGUCCAUCUGGAUGACUUAUCGUGGAUGGGGCAAACUAGACUUGGUGGUUGCGUUAAGCGUGGUCAGAAUAGUGGUGGUAUCAGAUCUGUUAAACGGAACCUCCGCGAUGUGGACGACGACGAGUUUGACAUCCCUCCUUUGUAUGAUGAUACAGAGUACGAAGCUGCUGAGAUACCGGGUUUGGACAUUGAAGGGGCGGAUGGUGUUGUGCAUGUUGGAAAGGUCUAUGGGAGCAAAGUGGAUUGCCAGAUCGCUUUGGCCAUUUAUGCCAUAAAAAACCAAAUCAGAUACACCCAGACCAGGACGGAGGUUGAUUCAUUUGUAUGCGAGUGUCCGGAAGAAAGGUGCGAUUGGCGAGUAACAGCCCAUGAGAUACGGGGCACUGGCUAUUAUGAGAUUAGAAAAGCCCAGCUUGUUCAUUCCUGCCCCAUAGAGACUAGGAAUGGAUACAUGAAGCGAGGAACUGCUCGAGUAAUAGCGGCAGUAUACAAGUCUAAAUUUAAGGAACCAACUAAAGGGCCAAAGGUGGGAGAAUUGCAGAGGCUUGUGCUGGAAGAUCUUAGGAUAUCAGCUUCUUACAUGAAGUGUUAUAGGGCAAAGGAGCAAGCUGUGUUUGAUCUAAGGGGACCAGAUGAUGAUUCUUAUACAAAGCUGGGAGAGUAUUUGUAUAUGCUGAAACUAGCAAAUCCGGGAACAAUUGCUGAUAUAGAGUCUGAAGUAGACAAGGAAGGAGUGGAGCGAUUUGUGUACAUGUUUUUGGCGUUUGGUGCUUCUAUACGAGGUUUCAAAAAGCUGAGGUUGGUAUUGGUGGUUGAUGGCACACACCUUAGCGGCAAAUACAAAGGCGUGUUGCUGACCGCCAGUGGUCAGGAUGGAAAUUUCCAAGUGUUUCCAUUGGCCUUUGCUGUGGUUGAUGCUGAGGACACAGAUGCUUGGACGUGGUUCCUGCAAAAGUUGGAAAGGAUUCUUGCUGAUUCUCCCAGUGUCACUAUUAUUUCUGACAGAGCAACUAGUAUCGCCUCAGCAGUUUGUAGGGUGUAUCCACAGGCACAUCACGUUUACUGCAUUGUUCAUUUGGCAAGGAACGUGAAUGCAAAAUAUUCAUGCAAGGGGCUUGCAAGGUUGGUGACGGCCGCUGCUUGUGCACACAGGAUGCGUGACUACAGGAACUACUGUGACAAGAUAAGGGCUGCGAACAGUGACUGUGCCAUUUAUUUGGGUAAGAUUGGGACGUCUCGUUGGUCAAGGACGCACUGCACCGGGGAAAGAUACAAUAUCAUGACAAGUAACAUAGCUGAGCAGCUUAACAAUGCUUUGGUGGAAGGAAGAUCGUCACCGAUUGUUGAGUUGGUUAUGUUUAUUCAAGAGAUGAUGACUAGGUGGUUUAGUGCUCGUAGGAAGAAAUCAGAGAGGCACAGGGGGGUGAUGACGGUUGAGGUGGAUAAGGUUAUGACAAAAAGCAUGGCGAUGAUAACUGGCAGCAAAAUCAACUCGGUUUCUUCUUGGAGCAGUCAGGUGGUUGGUAAGUUUGGUGGUCGCGACAGUGUCAUGCUUGAUCAAAAGAAAUGCACCUGCAAAUAUUUUGACCACAUGAAGAUACCUUGUGGUCAUGCGAUGCUAGCUGCUGACAACCUUGGGGUACCUUAUGGGACACUGGUUGGUCACUGGUAUAAGACAGAAACUUGGAAGGAAACCUAUGCUGGGGUGAUCAGUCCAAUAGGUGAUCCACGGGAUGAGGAUAUUCCAGAGGAUGUAAGGAAGAAGGUGUUGAUGCCACCAGUGACAAAGAGGCCAGCGGGACGGCGCAAAACAAAACGCUACCUAUCGACAGGAGAGAUACCUGGUCCAAAUAAGAAAGAGAAACAGAAUAGGUGUGGGAGAUGCAGGGGGAUAGGGCAUAACAGGACCAACUGUACGGUCCCCCUAGAUUGA